AUGAGGCCGCCGGAGGUGGCGGUCGUCGCGGUGGCGGCGCUUCUUCUCGUGGCGGCUGCGGCCGCGGCCGCGGCGGAGUCGGCAGCGCCGUUACCGGCGGCGCUGCGGCUGGAGCGCGCGGUGCCUCACAAGGGGGUGGCCCUGGAGGAGCUCAGGCGGCGGGACGCCGCGCGGCACCGGGUUUUGAGGAGGAGGCUGCUCGGGGCCGUAGCCGGCGUGGUGGACUUCCCCGUCGAGGGCUCCGCCAACCCGUACAUGGUCGGGCUUUAUUUUACCCGGGUGAAAUUAGGAAACCCGGCAAAGGAAUUCUUCGUCCAGAUUGACACUGGGAGUGACAUAUUGUGGGUAACUUGCAGUCCUUGCACUGGCUGCCCAACAUCAAGUGGACUCAAUAUCCAGCUAGAGUCCUUCAGCCCUGACUCUUCAUCAACAUCAUCCAGAAUAACAUGCUCUGAUGAUAGAUGUACAGCUGCCCUCCAAACAGGGGAAGCAAUAUGCCAAACCUCAGAUUCCCCAAGCAGCCCUUGUGGGUACACUUUCACCUAUGGUGAUGGGAGUGGCACAUCAGGGUACUAUGUGUCUGACACGAUGUUUUUCGAAACUGUCAUGGGAAAUGAGCAGACCGCCAAUUCGUCCGCUUCUAUUGUUUUCGGAUGUAGCAACUCACAGUCAGGAGACCUGACGAAGGCAGAUAGGGCAGUUGAUGGAAUUUUUGGGUUCGGACAGCAUCAACUGUCUGUAGUUUCACAACUGAACUCUCUUGGGGUGUCCCCGAAGGUGUUCUCUCAUUGCCUGAAAGGUUCAGAUAAUGGUGGUGGCAUUCUUGUGCUUGGUGAAAUUGUGGAGCCAGGAUUAGUGUAUAGUCCACUUGUUCCAUCACAGCCUCAUUACAACUUGAAUCUGGAAAGCAUUGCUGUCAAUGGUCAAAAGCUGUCCAUUGAUUCCUCCUUGUUUACAACAUCAAAUACACAAGGAACAAUCGUGGAUUCAGGAACAACAUUGGCAUACCUUGCAGAUGGAGCCUAUGAUCCAUUUGUUAGUGCGAUAGCUGCUGCAGUCUCUCCAUCUGACAACAAUGUAUUGUGGUGCAUUGGUUGGCAAAGGAACCAGGGCCAAGAAAUAACUAUACUCGGAGAUCUUGUUUUAAAGGAUAAGAUAUUCGUGUAUGACUUGGCGAACAUGCGCAUGGGCUGGGCGGACUACGAUUGUUCAAUGUCGGUUAAUGUCACCACAUCAUCAGGGAAGAACCAAUACGUGAACACUGGGCAGUUCGACGUGAACGGCUCCGCACGGCGUGCAUCAUACGAGAGCUUGAUACCAGCUGGGAUCGUCACCAUGCUUGUGCAUAUGCUCAUUUUCAGCAGCAGCUCACGUAGAUAG